CGCGUAACCGCUUCCCCGGAUGUUGCUAUAGGAAGUAAACAAUAUGAGACCCCGCAAUGACACAUGAGCAUAAAUAAUAUAUAUAAACAUUCACAAAUUUACGUAUUGAGUAUAGUUACAUGCGUGGAGGGACAGAGGGAAGAACAGAUGGACUUCCGGUUUUCGGAGCUGUCAUGCAUGCAGCUCGGCCUUUAGGAAUGUAGACGCCUUACCACCAGCACCACCACCACCACCCCGUGUCCCCUCUGUGUCCCCUAUGUGUUCCCCAUCCUGCCUAUUUUACGCUUCUCAGCAUGUAGCUUAGCUUAUGAUAUAGUUAUAGAUAUGUUAUAAUAGUUUGAUAUGUUAUAGCUAUGUUAUAAAUAGUAUAUAUUAUCUUUAACAGCAAGCUCAUCUACGUGCCAAUGUUCCCUAGAAAGCAGCUUAGUGUAACUAAAUAGCCUAGUUAUUUAUAUAAUGUAUAAAUCCUCCUUCAAGUAGUCCCUGUUGCCUGUGCUCCCUAUUUUCCCUAUGCUCACUCUUCUGGGCGUGUGUUCCUUCGUGUUUGUGCAUUGGCGUCGGUGCAGGAGCGGCUCACUCAACGAUGCUGCGUUUCACUGCGGAAGCACAGCUCUUCCCAUCGUCACGAAGAUGGAGGCAGAGUUGGAUCAGUACGCCAAGGAAGUGCUGGACUUCAGCUCUCAUUACGGCAGUGAAGGGAGCAUGUCGUACACGAUGUGGAACGCAGCCGGAGCCCCCAGCGUGUUCCCGAGCUCAGGGGACUUCACGCACACGGCCGUGUUCCGCACGUACGGACACUGGUGGGAGGACGAGCACGCAAAGCAAAGUUUCAGCCGCACGCCACGCUCCUUCCACAGCCGAGAUUUUCUCGAGGUGGCAUUUGAGGAGCAGGUUUUCCCCACCGCCAUCACCGUUCUGGAGACGUACCACCCCGGGGCCAUCGCCCAAAUCCUCGCCUGCUCGUUUAAUCCCUAUGCUGAAAACCACCCUACUGAUAUCAGGUGGGAAGUGCUGUGGGCGGGGGAGCCCACCAAAGUCGCCAGUCCUCAGGCACGUCUGUUUUGCCCCGCCAUCCGUCAGGUUAGCUUCGCCACCAAUUUACUGCGUUUGGAAGUAAACAGCUCUCUACUGGAUUAUUACACCGAGCUGGACGCCAUUGUGCUGCGUGGUGUGCGCAACCACGUCAGCAGCAUCACCACGCCCCUCAUUAUUGCCAACACCACACCCAACAAGGACAGUGACGUGCUUAGCAAGGAUGUCAACAUGAGCAACGGCUACUUCGACAAACUACCCUAUGAGCUGAUCCAGUUGAUUGUGAGCCACUUGGCUGUGCCAGAUCUGUGUCGUCUGGCUCAGAGCUGUAAGCUCCUACAGCGCCACUGUUACGACCCGCUACAGUACAUUCAGCUCAGCCUGCAGCCUUAUUGGUUCAGCUUGAACGAUCUGUCUCUGGUGCACUUACAAUCCCGCUGCGCAGUCCUGCAGCGCCUCAACAUGUCCUGGACCGGAAACAGAGGAGCCGUCACGGCAAGCGGAUUCUGCAGUUUCAUCAAGGCAUGCGGAGCGACCUUGGUGUGUUUGGAGCUGUCGUGUUGUCACUUCCUGAACGAAGUGUGUUUGGAGGUGAUCGCGCAGACGUGCGUGAGCCUUCAGGAGCUCGAUCUUGCGUCAUGCGACCGUCUCGAACCUCAGGCGUUCAACCACAUCGCUAAACUCGCACGCCUGCGCCGACUCGUCCUGUACCGCACCAAGAUUGAGCAAACUGCCAUAUUGAGCAUCCUAACUUUCUGUACUGAACUGCGACAUCUCAACUUAGGCAGCUGCGUGAUGAUUGAGGACUACGAUGUGGUGGUGAGUGUGUUGAGCGCCCGUUGUCGUUCCCUCGUGUCUCUGGAUUUGUGGCGCUGCAGGAGUCUGAGCGAGCGGGGCCUCGCCGAGUUAGUGUCGGGCUGCGGCGUUUUAGAGGAGCUCGACCUGGGAUGGAGCUCCGCCCUCCACAGCGGCUCCGCCCUCCACGGCGGAUCUGCCUCGUUCAGACAUGCGGCGCGCAGACUGAGCCGCCUGCGCAGACUCUACCUCACCGCUAACCGCAAUAUCUGUGACGCGGACCUGGAACACAUCGCAACACACUGUCCUGCACUGGAGCACCUCGAUAUACUGGGUACACGGUUGGUGAGUCCGGCUGCUCUACGCAGGCUGCUCCAGUCGUGUCCCCGCCUGCGUCUACUUGAUGUUUCCUUCUGCUCACAGAUUGACAUGCGGACCGUACAGGAGCUCAGCACGCUUUUCCCAAACGUCUCCAUCAAAAAGAGCUUCACCCAGUGACCCCUGACCUUUAACACUACUCACUUUGAUGAUGUUCUGAUGUUCUGCGGAUACUAGGACCCUGUACUCUGGCUCUCACAAGAUGCUCACCACAAUGAGCACAAACAUAAAACUGGAACUCUCUCACACACACACACUCACAUACACAUACACACACACACACACUCUUAUCCAUUGUGUUUAUCAGAAAUCACCUUUGAUGUGAUUUACACUUUUUUUUUUGUUCACAUUUCUUGAAGUGGCUAUUUUUAAUCUCAGGGAUUUAUUUUUAUAUUGUGCCAUUAUUAAUUGCAGAUAAAUCCCAGUAAAAAAAACAGCAUUGUUUUAUAACAAACUCACAUUCUCUGAAAUAUGAACAAGUCAGUUUACCACUCCUAUUGUUUCCUUUUAAUGAACAUAAGAAGUAGAUAUUGAUUUAUUUUUUUAACAACAGCCAACUCGCAGACCAACAGCAGUUCGUACUGAAAGUGAAUAAUAAUUGUCUGGUGUGAAAGCCAGCUUUGAUUCAUUUUGAUUCUGCCAGCGAGUAACCCUUCUUUGUCUCGAGUGCAUGUAGGUGAAGAUAAAAUAAUUGGGCAAUCUGUAAUCUUUUUUUGAGAAAAAAAAAUCGCUUAAAUUGAGGAAUCCUAGUCGUUCAUCUUUUCUUUAUACAUAAUUAUCCUAAAAUACAGUGUAAUACUUUUUUUUCCCAAUUGUCCUUUUUCUUCACAUGUAACACCGCCCCCUAGUGGACACAUUUACGUUAUGUUGACAGACGCUAGUCUGAACGUCUGCUCACGAUGAUGGAAAACGCUCGAAGAUAUGAAGACUCAGAAUUAUAAAUCGAGUCCAAAGCAUAGUGCACACUAUACAGUUUGAACUCAUUUCCCAGUCGACAACUAAUUUUGGCUCAGGAGGUAGAGCGGGUUGUCCACUAAUCGUAGGGUUGGCGGUUCGAUUCCCGACCCACGUGACUCCACAUGCCGAAGUGUCUUUGGGCAAGACACUGAACCCCAAGUUGCUCCCGAUGACAAGCUGGCAUGUUGCAUGGCAGCUCUGCUACCAUUGGUGUCUGAGUGUGUAUGAAUGUGUGAAUGAGAAACGCUACUUCGUAGCGUAGAAACGCUAAGGUUAAAAAAAAAGCACUAUAUAAGUGCAGACCAUUUACCAUGAAUUUCAGAGUACAGAAACAGCCAAUGAGAGCCUGAGACUAAAUCGCAUUAAUCCGCUGGAACGCGCAGCAGAUCCCUGAAUCCAGUUUAUCACCCUUCUGUUUGUGUGGGAGUGAGAGGGCAAAAUGUAAGCACAAUAAUAAUACGUCUGUAUAAUAAAAAUAUUUAUUCGUGUGAUACCAAGGGGGCACGUUUGCCUCGCACCUCCAGGAUUGUGGGUUCGAAUUGUGCCUACACGCUGUGUGCAUGGAGUAUGCAUAUUCUCCCUGUGCUUCAGGGAUUUUCUCCGGGUUCUCCAGUUUCCUCCCCCAGUCCAAAGACAUGUGAUGUAGGCUGAUUGGCAUUUCCAAAAUGUCUAGAAUGUAUGUGAUUGUGCCCUGUGAUUGGUCGGCACUCCGUCCAGUGUGUCCCCUGCCUUGUGCCCUGAGGUCCCUGGGCUAGUCUCCUAGCAGUUAUAGAAGUCAUACCAAAACAUGAUUCCUCACAGCGCACAGUAUAAAAAGUUCUUUUUUCCCCCCACUAUACAUUCUCUCCACAUCUUCCUAACCAAUAUUUCCUCCACAUUUGCUCUUCUUUCUCUUUUUUCUUGUUGCCCGUGCAAAAUAGUGUCAGAAAGCCAAUAGAAAGUGACAGACAUCUCAUGUUUAUUUUUGUGAGAAAGAGGGAUUCUGAGAUCUUGAUAAUCAUGUAGUGUGCACUUGGCUUAAAACGAUUAACGCCGUCCUAACGCUGUCUCGUGUUAACGUUUGAAUGUUCUGACUCGGUAAACAUUUCGGUAACACCCCCUUGAAAUUAUUUCUAGACCAGGCUCAAGUAUUUACUGGAAAACGAAUGAACCGGCAUUAAGCAGCUUUCACCUAAAUAUCUUCUCAAUAGCUAAUCCAACAUUGUAAUAGAGAUGCGAUCCUGUCAGGACUGACCCUAACCCUAACCCUAGCACUGUCAGCAACGCUAACAGGACAAACACUAAACUAGACUGUACCUGCACCAGUCGGGGGCGCUGAUUAGAAGUGUUGAUUUGGUGUCUGUGCAAGCCUUAUAGUAUACACGUACAGUAUACACACAUGCCGUGUCCGUGUGUUUUAUAUGUGAGUAUAGAUUUUUAUUUUUAGAUCAUUUUUGAGGUUCUCAGAAAUUAAUUAAUUCUCAGAUAAUAAUGAUAAUUAAGUGUUUAAUCACUGAUGAAAUAAAAAUAGCUCUCAGACAUCCAGUCAGUGUUUUGAACCCAGCUCUUUUCUACUGAUGGCUUCAUUUAUGCGUUGUGUUAUCUAAGAAUGAAACAUGAAGUGUGUUGGAUUAUUUAUUGAAGCUGUGAGUUAAACACGUUCCAUCAACAUUGUGUGUGUGUGUGUGUGUGUGUUCACUGUCUUCCAUUUCCUUCGAAUAACAUGCUGAAUGCUAAACAGUAUGUCAGUGCCUUAUAUUGAAGAAGUGAUACUGUGUGUGUGUGUGUGUGUGUGUGUGUAUGAGAAACACAAUUGUGAGUGUAAUAAAUACAAACGAUAUGGCUUAAUUUCUCAC